GAACAAUUUCUUAUGUCAAAUCAGUCAAAUGUCGGCUGUUCUGUUCCCAGCAGAAAAUUCCGAGUUUCUAAGCUGAUGCAAUAAGUUCUCGCAGUUUUCGUUCCUUUCUUAAAAAGUUGUCUCCAAAUUAAGUUUUCUACUCGCUCUAUUGUGAUCUAUCUCAUAUCUGUUCACCAUGGCUGAGGAUGAAGCAAUUUUUGACCCAACUCUUAAAAAGAAAAAGAAGAAGAAGAAGACCACUUUCGAUAUUGAUGCAGCUUUAGCCGAAGGCAAUGAUGGUGCUGAUGGCAGUGCCAAUGGGCCAGAAGAAGGCGAAACCGUAGCCGCUGCGGAUCAAGAUCAAAAUGAUGAUACUGCGGAUAUUGACCUCGAUUUCACUAAACAGAAAAAGAAAAAAAAGAAGAAACCUUUCAGUACUGAUGAUCUAGAUGCUGCACUGAGAUCAGCAUCUCCGAAUGUUUCAGCUUUUGGUUCGGGAAAAGAUGAUGAUUUAAAGUCUUCUCAUCAAGAUGAGGAGACUUUAGAUGACGAGACUUUUAACCUUGACUUUGGCAAGCUUAAAAAGAAGAAAAAGAAAAAGAAUUUAGAUGAAAUCAUUUCUGAAGCUGAUGUUAAAUCCGAAGAUAAGGAGAAUGUAGAUGAAAACUCCAUUUCUUGGGUGGGAUCCGAUAGAGAUUACACAUAUGAAGAGCUGUUAAAUAGGGCCUUUGAAAUCAUGAGGGACAAGAACCCGGACAUGGCAGCCGGCAAGAAACAAAAAUUUGUUAUGAGACCGCCACAGGUGGUGAAAAUCGGCGCAAAGAAAACCUCAUUUGCCAACUUUACUGAAAUAUGCAAAAUGUUGCAUAGACAGCCUAAACAUUUGCUCGACUUCUUGUUGGCUGAAUUGGGUACCAGUGGUUCCGUUGAUGGUAAUAGUCAGUUAAUCAUCAAAGGUCGUUUCCAGCAGAAACAGAUAGAAAACGUAUUAAGAAGAUAUAUAAAAGAAUAUGUUACAUGUCAUACGUGUAGAUCACCGGACACCAUAUUACAAAAGGACACUAGACUUUUCUUCCUGCAGUGUGAAACCUGCGGAUCCAGGUGUUCUGUAGCUAGUAUCAAAUCUGGUUUCCAGGCUGUUACAUCAAAACGUGCAGCAAUCAGAGCAAAAACAGCAUAGUCUCUCAAAUAGCUGCAAUAAUCGUAAUAUUAAUGUAAUUAAUUGGUAUUAUAAAGGAGCUGCACUUUUUUAAUUAAAUGUUUGUGUUGCCGUCUUGUCGUGUACUUUCUAGACUAUUAUGCUGAAAGUCUGAACGAAAAAAUAUCCUUUUUAUGUCCGAAAGAAUAGCUUUACUUACAGUUUGUACUAAUGAUUAAAAAUUUACCGAGAAGACAAUUUAA